AUGCACUAUUAUUCUGUGAUCAAGUAUCUUUCGCUGCUGGCAUGUGCCAGAGCUCAAUUGCUACAUAUUCCUGCUGUGGAUGAGAUAGUCAGUUCUGCUUUGGAGCCCUUUGCGCAAUACACAGCUGUCGGUGCUGCAACAAAAGUCGUCGCUGCCGCUGCCAGCGUGGAAACGGAUGCGGCAAAUGUUCACGCCCCUGUUGCAAAAGUGGCAGCCGCAGACACUGCGUACUGGCUGGCGGACAUCGCUCAUCAAGGAGUCGCUGCCUUCAACUCGAACCCCUCUGGCUACAAAGUCUUCCGCAAUGUGAAGGAUUAUGGAGCCAAAGGUGAUGGUGUAACUGAUGACACCGCUGCCAUCAAUGCAGCUAUCAGCGACGGUGGCCGUUUCGGCCCGGCAAGCAGACAAUCCUCUACUACAACUCCUGCGACAGUGUACUUCCCAUCUGGAACGUACCUGAUCUCAUCGUCGAUCAUUGAUUACUACUUCACCCAGCUAAUCGGCAAUGCGAAUGCUAUGCCGGUUUUAAAGGCAACCGCAAAUUUCGUCGGGCUGGGCAUGAUUGACGGCGACCAAUACCAGAGCGAUGGCAACCAGGGCUGGACAUCGACAAAUGUGUUCUUCAGGCAGAUUCGAAAUCUGAAGCUGGACUUAACUUCAAUUCCUGCCGCUACUGCUGCAACAGGUAUUCAUUGGCCGACUGGCCAGGCCUCCAGCAUCCAGAAUGUUCAGAUUGUUAUGAGUUCUGCUUCUGGAACGCAACACCAGGGCAUUUUCAUAGAGAAUGGCUCCGGCGGCUGGAUGACUGACGUGGUAAUUACCGGUGGUCUGUAUGGAGCCAAUGUUGGCAACCAGCAAUUCACAAUGCGAAAUUUGGUCAUUAGAAAUGCAGUAACCGCAAUUUCUCAAAUUUGGGAUUGGGGAUGGACUUAUCAAGGUCUCACGAUUAUUGACUGCGGAACUGCUAUUUCAAUUAGCAAUGGGGGUGCUGGCGCCCAGCUUGUAGGGUCUGUCAAUAUCCUCGACAGCACCAUUCAAAACUGCGCUACCUUUGUGACAACCGCUUGGCAGAGCUCGACACUGUCAACUGGCAGUCUUAUUCUGGAGAACAUCGCUCUGAACAACGUCCCAGUGGCAGUGCAAGGCGUCGGCGGGACUGUCCUUGCUGGCUCGACAGGCUCCAUGACCAUCGCCGCCUGGGGACAGGGCCACAAGUAUACACCGAACGGGCCCGCAAACUUCCAGGGCUCUUUCACUCCACCUACACGCCCAGGCGCUUUGCUGGCUCCUGGUUCAAACAGGUAUUAUACCAAGACCAAGCCCCAGUAUGCACAAUCACCAGUGGCUUCGUUCAUCAGCAUCAGAAGCGCAGGCGCAAAAGGAGAUGGUUCAACUGAUGACACAGCUGUUAUCCAGUCUGCCUUGGCAUCCACCGCCUCCGCUGGGAAGAUUCUCUUCUUCGAUCAAGGAACGUACAAGAUCACCAAUACUCUUUAUGUCCCGCCAGGCUCUCGGAUUGUCGGCGAGGCAUACUCCGUCCUCAUGGCCACCGGUAGUGUAUGGUCGAGUAUCACUAACCCUGUCCCGGUGGUUCAGAUUGGCAGAUCUGGGGAGUCCGGAUCCGUUGAAUGGUCCGACAUGAUAGUGAGCACCUCAGGCUCCACGCCGGGCGCUGUACUGGUUGAGUGGAACUUGGCAGCGACAUUAGGCUCUGGAAUGUGGGACGUCCACACCCGAAUUGGAGGUUUCAAAGGAUCUCAGCAACAGGUUGCGCAGUGUCCGACGACUGCAGCUGUCUCUGCGGCUUGUCAGGCUGCCUACAUGUCCAUGCACAUUACUAAAACCGCUAGCGGCGCUUACCUCGAGAACGUCUGGCUUUGGACUGCCGAUCAUGAUCUCGAAAGCCCAACUAAUACCCAAAUCUCAGUCUAUACUGGGCGUGGUCUCUUGAUUGAAGGAAAGAAUGUUUGGCUUUACGGAACGGGAUCCGAGCAUCACUCGCUAUACCAGUACCAAUUCUCAGGUGCAAGCUCAAUCAUGGCAGGCUUUGUACAGACUGAAACACCAUACUACCAACCCAAUCCCAACGCAGCCAAUGGUCCUUAUCCUACCAACCCUGCUCUCAACGACCCCAGCUAUAGUAGCUGUCUGGGUGGAAACUGUAACUCGCUCGGUCUUCGUAUUCUCAACACCAAGAACGUCAUCAUCUAUGGGGCUGGCCUGUACAGCUUCUUCAACAAUUACAGCACCACAUGCUCCACGUUCCCGCUUCCAGAGAACUGCCAGAGCAUGAUUUUCAGCAUCGAGGGAAGCACAAGUGGACUGGUUGUCUAUGGACUCAAUACUGUGGGCACAACUUACAUGAUCGUGAAGGAUGGUACUGCGCUGGCGCAGGUCAGUGACAAUCUGGCUACAUACGCUGCCACUAUUGCAUAUUUCACCCUUUGA